UAUAUAUUUACAUAUCUGAUCUAUCGUCUACAAAUGCAUGUAUAGUUUCAACAGGAAUUAGGAGCUAGCGAAAUCGAGGAGUGCGUCCGAAAUUAAAUAGAUCAAUAGAUCAAUCAUAUCGAGCUAGAGUAGAAAAUAAAAUUUAAGAAUAAUUAAUUGUAGUUAUAUAGAGCUAGAUCGAGUUUAAUUUAUUAUUGAAGAGAUCGAGGGAUCGAUCGGAAAUAUAUAUGGCGUCGAGCUUGGGCGGUCCAGCGUUUGCGUAUACAGUUGUGUACGCAAAAGAUGUUACCAAAUCGGUUGAUUUUUACGCUAAGGCUUUCGGCUACAACGUUCGUCGUUUGGAUCACAACCUCAAAUGGGCAGAGCUAGAGAGCGGAUCGACGACGAUAGCGUUCACGCCGAUGCAUCAACGCGAGACCGAUGAUCUAACCGGGCAGGUCCAGACUCCGGAUUCCGCCGGUGAGAGGCAGGCAAUUGAGCUUUGCUUCGAUUAUGUUGACGUGGAUGCUGCCUACAAGAGAGCGGUGGAGAAUGGGGCGGUGCCGGUGACUCCUCCGGCGGAUAAAAAGUGGGGGCAAAGAGUGGGGUACGUACGAGAUAUCGAUGGAAACGUCGUCAGGAUGGGGAGCCACGUUAAGGAGCCUAAAUAACCUUUUAGGUUUUCACGACCGACCGGCAACAUGGCCUAACAACAUUAUAUUCGUGUGUUUUUAUUUGGUGGUUACUCGCUCUUUAUGUUCUGCAAAAAAUGUACUAGUAUUAUUACGUUAUUUGCCCAUAAAAUAAUAUAAUGUUGUCGGCCACUUUGAAAGAUUGCUAUAACUUUGAAAAAAAGAAUUUACAUACCACAUAUA